AAAAAGCAGCAGCAGCCACGCCCAAAUGCCUACAACGUUCUAAAAAGAUGGAGAAAACGGAAACCGAGCCAAAGUGCAGCUCACCGCAAUCUAUGGCUCAGGAACCGAAACCCGAAGCGGAGCCCAAAAACUCGGAUCCCGCGCUGGACGAGGAUGGCUUUGUUAUUGUUCCAACAACGGAGCCGGAGAAAGAUGAGGAGAAAGAGAUUCAGAAUCCGGUCCAAAGCGAACAAUCGUCGAACAAGACACAAUCGGGGUUGACGAAUUCGGUUCAUCGGAGCACCCAACCGGAUUGUGAACCGCCUGCUGCAGAUCAGGGUGCUGCUAACAUGACCGCUACUAGCGGAUACGAUCCUAAUGUGGUUCAAGCUCCUGCUAUGGAAUCUUCGGAGGUUUCCUUGAAAGAUAAGAUUGAAACGAUGAGGGAUGCCUUUUGGAGAUGGAAGAAGGCAGUAGGAGAAGCGUCAAAGAAAGCCGAGGAUCUUGCCAGGAACACGUGGCAACACUUAAAAACAAGCCCAAGUUUUGCUGAGGCAGCCAUGGGAAGAAUUGCUCAGGGAACAAAGGUUUUAGCAGAUGGUGGCUAUGAGAAGAUUUUUAGACAAACUUUCGAAACCGAUCCUGAAGAGAAACUUCAGGAUUCUUUUGCAUGUUACUUAUCCACAUCAGCUGGUCCUGUCAUGGGAGUUUUAUAUGUAUCUACAGAAAAGCUUGCAUAUUGCAGCGACAGCCCUCUUUCCUAUAAAAAUGGUACUCAGACUGAAUGGAGUUAUUAUAAGGUACUUAUCCCAUUACACCAACUAAAAGCAGUUAAUCCAUCAACAAGCAAGGUCAAUCCUUCCGAAAAGUACAUCCAAGUUACCACCAUUGAUGCCCAUGAAUUUUGGUUCAUGGGCUUCUUAGACUACCAGGGUGCUGUUCAAUGCCUACAGGAAAUUUUGCAACUCAAUAGUUUACAAUCCGUCUGAAUAAUGUUUAUCUGACAUAACCUUCCAUGUUUUGUCAUAAAAAAAAAGGAACGGUUAUAUUCUCUGCUGCUUGGGACCAUUUGAUAAUUUACAUGAUCCUUAGGAAGUUCUAUAUAUUUCUAUGGAAAAUCAACAUUAGGGGGUAAA